CAUUCGACCGUUGAAAACAAAACGCAUUGGCCUUUACUCUUUCACUAGACUGGAGAGAGAGAGUUUUCUUUCACUUUCCCCUUCUCCGAACAGGAAAACCCAAGAUGGUGAGCCAAGAACAAGAACCAAAACAAAAAAUUCUUCUUGACCCCAAAAACACAGUUGAAAAUGGCCAAAACAUGGACAAUAUGUUCAGUCCAAGAUUUAAAUCCUUAGCUGCUAUGGCUGGUUGGGACGAAGAGUCCAUCCUUACAGCCAGCCUUAUCGUUGAAGACACACCCGAUCGUCUAUUUAAGCACAAGAAACGCUCUGAUUUGCACUUCCAGACACCACCUUCCAACAGUUCAAGAAGAAAACGUAGGGCUCAAAGGAAGAGUCCUGUUUCGGUAUCUGUACCUGUUAUUAAUCUUGAUGAAGAAGAAGAACCUAGAAAACAAGAGACUCAGAAAGUGAAGAUAGAACCAGAAAUUAUUGACACAGAAGAAGAUGAAUUGAAGAAAGAGAGUUCUGGUGUUUCUUGCUCGAACUCGGGUCUUCCUUGCAUGGAUAAACUCAGAGAAGAGCUCUCUUGUGCAAUUUGUUUGGAGAUUUGCUAUGAACCGAGCACCACUUCCUGCGGGCACAGUUUCUGUAAGAAAUGCCUAAGAUCUGCGGCUGAUAAAUGUGGAAAGAAAUGUCCAAAGUGCAGACAGCUUAUAAGCAAUGGAAGAUCUUGCACUGUGAACACAGUUCUUUGGAACACAAUACAGCUUCUGUUUCCACAAGAAGUUGAAGCAAGGAAGGCCGCUGGGGCCUCUAAUAGCCGAGAAGCAGAGAGCCAAACUCCACCUACAAGAAGUAGUACUGACAUGAGAAACCAAAUUGUUCGCCCCUAUAUGGUUUCAGCCUCAAGCAGAGAUGUCACUGCUAGGAGAAGAGGAGGACAAAGCCAAGAUGAGGAUUCCCUAUCAGCUCUAAGGACGCAGAGAGACGAUGUUUCGCGGUUAUUGAGUAGUUAUACAAGUGGAAUGAGCAGAAGAGCAGCAUCAAGCCAAGAUGGCGGUGCUUAUUUUCCCAGGAAUUUGCAAAGAGAAAAUCUAAAUCUUUCACGGCUAUUAAGCAGAGACGCAAAUGGAAGGAGAAGAAGAGAGACCCCAAGCCAAGAUGAGGAUGCCGCAUUAGCUCUAAGGCUGCAGAGGGAGGAGUUCAUGGAGGCUUUCAGGGGAACAAAUGAACAAUCGGAAAGCUCUAUCUCCUCAGCUAGAGGAAAUUUCAGGGCAAUGGCAGCCAGAGCCGUUAGCCUACGAAUGAGAACCCUGAGAAAUCGUGCCACAUAGUCUUAUUGCAAUCUUAUAUGCUCUUCAUGGCCAAAAAUAAUCCAUCACAAACCAAGCCUUUCGUUUGUAUUGAUACUUCUUAUCUAACAUAUGUUUGUACCAAUCUUUAGUAUCUUAUUUAGGUUUGCUAUUGAGGUGCAGAAGGGAUUGAGUUGGGAGAAUUGACAAUUGUUCCAUAUUACAAAAGUACUUUUGGCAAGAUAAAUUACAAAGUCUUCUUUUGGGUCAAAA